AUGAGCUCAACUGUCCUUUCGUUUUGUGUCCGGGAGUGGGGUGAGGAACACAAUGAAGACCGACCUGCUAUGUCUCCCCCCUCUCACUCUCUCUCACCCUCUCUCUCUCUCACCGUAUCCCUUAUUUUCACACCCUUUCUGUCUUUCUGUUCCUUAUUUUCUUCCUCUCUCUCUCUCUCUCUCUCUCUCUCUCUAUCUAUCUAUCUAUCUAUCUAUCUAUAUAUCUAUCUCUAUCUAUCUAUCUAUCUAUCUAUCUUUUAUUCUCUCUUAUCCUAUUUCUCUAUCUUUUCAUUUUUAUUUUCUACUUUUGUUUUAUCUUAUACUCUUUCUAUCACUCUCUCUUCUUUAUUUUCUCUUCUCUCCCUCUCUCUCUCUCUCUCUGCAGUUUUCUUUAUCUAUCUCUCUCUCUUUCUCAUUAUUCUCUCUUAUCCUUUUUUCUUCUUUCCUUUUUCUCUGUCUGUCUUUCUGUCUCUCUAUCUCUGUGUGAGUGUGCCUCUCUCUUUUUAUUUCCUCUUUUUCUCUUCUUUAUUUAUGUUUCUUCCUUUCUCUCUCUCUCUCCCUCUCACUUUCUCUCUCUUUAUAUAUCUCAUAUUUUCUCCUUUUCUUUCCUUUUAUGUUUCUUUCGCUUUUAUUUCUCUCUCUAUUUCUUUCUCUCUCUGUUUAUCUAUCUCUUAUUUUCUCUUUUUCUCUUAUUCUUUCUUUUUAUAUCUCCUUCGCUUUUCUUUCCCUCCCUCCUUCCCUCUCUCUCUCUCUAUUUAUCUCUUAUUUUCUCUUAUUCUUUCUUUUUAUAUCUCCUUCGCUUUUCCCUCUCCCCCCUCUCUCUCUCUCUCUCUCUUUAUGUAUCUCUUAUUUUCUCUUUUUCUCUUAUUCUUUCUUUUUAUAUCUCCUUCGCUUUUCUCUCUCUCCCCCUCUCUCUCUCUCUCUCUCUAUGUAUCUCUUAUUUUUUUUUUUUCUUAUUCUUUUUUUUUUAUAUCUCCUUCUUUUCUUUUCUCUCUCUCUCUCUCUCUCUCUCUCUCUGUAUUUUAUUUUUUUUUUUCUUAUUCUUUCUAUUUAUAUCUCCUUCGCUUUUCUCUCCCACCUCUCUCUCUUUAUGUAUCUCUUAUUUUCUCUUUUUCUCUUAUUCUUUCUUUUUAUAUCUCUUUCGCUUUUCUCUCUCUCCCCCUCUCUCUCUCUCUCUCUGUAUGUAUCUCUUAUUUUCUCUUAUUCUUUCUUUUUAUAUCUCCUUCGCUUUUCUCUCCCUCCCUCUCUUUCUCUCUCUCUCUCUCUUUAUGUAUCUCUUAUUUUCUUUUUCUUAUUCUUUCUUUUUUAUAUCUCCUUUUUCUUUUUUCUCUCUCUCUCUCUCUCUAUGUAUCUCUUAUUUUCUCUUUUUCUCUUAUUCUUUCUUUUUAUAUCUCCUUCGCUUUUCUCUCUCUCCCCCCUCUCUCUCUUUAUGUAUCUCUUAUUUUCUCUUGUUCUUUCUUUUUAUAUCUCCUUCGCUUUUCUCUCUCUCUCUCUCUCUCUCUCUUUCUAUUUAUCUCUUAUUUUCUCUUUUUCUCUUAUUCUUUCUUUUUAUGUCUCCUUCACGUUUCUCUCCCUCCCCCUCUCUCUCUCUCUUUAUGUAUCUCUUAUUUUCUCUUUUUCUCUUAUUCUUUCUUUUUAUAUCUCUUUCUUUCUUUUUUCUCUCCUCUCUCUCCUCUCUCUCUCUGUAUGUAUCUCUUUAUUUUCUCUUAUUCUUUCUUUUUAUAUCUCCUUCACUUUUUAUAUCUCCCCCCUCUCUCUCUGUAUGUAUCUCUUAUUUUUUCUUUUUCUCUUAUUCUUUCUUUUUAUAUCUCCCUCGCCUUUCUCUCUCCCCCUCUCUCUCUCUUUAUGUAUCUCUUAUUUUCUCUUUUCUCUUAUUCUUUCUUUUUUAUAUCUCCUUCUCUUUCUCUCUCUCUUCUCUCUCUCUCUCUAUGUAUCUCUUUUUUUUUUUUUUCUUAUUCUUUCAUUUUUUUAUAUCUCCUAUCUCUCUCUCUCUCUCUCUCGUAA